GUUGCUGCUGAGAACAGUGCAGGUGUUGGAGUAUUUAGUGAGCCUUUUCUUUUUCAGACUGCAGAAAGUGCUCCAGGUAAAGUAGUGAAUCUCACAGUUGAAGCCUUAAAUUAUUCAGCUGUAAAUCUGAUCUGGUUUCUUCCUCGGCAACCAAAUGGAAAGAUAACUAGUUUCAAGAUUAGUGUGAAACAUGCAAGAAGUGGAAUUGUAGUGAAAGAUGUCUUGGUUAAAGUAGAGGACCUUCUGUCUGGGAGGUUACCAGAAUGUAAUGAUAACAGUGAGUCAUUUUUGUGGAGUACUACCACUCCUUCAACUACUUUUGGCAAAUCCACAAUUCCUUCACGGACUACAGUUACACCAAGUACAGAAGCAGCGAGUCAAAUGAGCUCUGUUUGGAAUGAACCAAUUAGUUUUGUUAUAACAAACCUUAGGCCAUAUACAACCUAUCUUUUUGAAGUCUCUGCAGUUACCACAGAAGCAGGUUACAUUGACAGUGCAAUUGUCCGGACACCAGAAUCAGUUCCAGAAGAUCCACCACAAAAUUUUGCCAAGAGCAACAUUACAGCAAAGUCUUUCUCAGUGAUUUGGGACCCACCAACCACAGUAACAGGAAAAUUUAGUUACAGAGUUGAGCUGUAUGGACCAACUGGUCAUAUUCUGGAUAACAGUACAAAAGAUCUUAAGUUUGUAUUUAGUAACCUUGUGCCGUUUACAACAUACAAUGUGUACGUUGGUGCUGAGACAAGUGCUGGGGUGGGGCCAAAGACUAACCUUACAGUUUUCACUCCUGCAGAUGUACCAGGUGCUGUAUCAGAUUUACAUCUAUCAGAAGUGGAAGCCACAUAUAUAAAAAUUGUUUGGAGGAAGCCACAACAACCAAAUGGAAUCAUUACCCAAUACAGAGUUAAAGUACAUGUGCAGGAAACAGAGGUGACUCUGGAAAACACUAUUCUUGAAGGAAAAAAUAAGUAUUUAAUUGAUUCUUUGGGACCGUACAUGAUAAAUGAAAACAUCAAACCUUCUCCCACUUGGAAUUCAAUGGGAACAACCAAUGAAUUAUAUGAAGGUUCAGCUGAAAUGUUUUCCAGCAUUCAGACAGCUUCCCCAGUAAUAUUCACAACUGUAUCUGGUGAUAAUUUGCCUGCUAUAAACGAAGAUGCAGAAUUACAUUCUGCUUUGGGUAGUCAGCAUACAAUUAACAUUUUGGAUGAAGAACUGUCAUAUGUUAUAAAGGGCCUUGUACCUUUCACAGACUACACAAUCAGUGUAUCUGCUUUCACUGCUGUUGGAGAAGGGCCACCAUCAGUUCUCACAGUCAGGACACAUGAGCAAGUUCCAAGCUCAGUACAAAAUAUAUUUUACAAGAAUAUUAGCUCCUCCUCUGUUUUGCUAUAUUGGGAUCCUCCAGCAAAUCCCAAUGGGAAAAUCAUUCAUUAUACUGUUUAUGCAAUGGAACUGGAUACAAAAAGAGCAUUCCACACAAUAACUUCCAACAACAGCUUACUUAUAACAGGUUUGAAAAAGUACACAAAUUAUAAAAUAAGAGUUGCAGCCUCUACAACAAUUGGAGAAAGUGCUUUGUCUGAAGAGAAUGAUGUUUUCGUGAGAACCCUUGAAGACGAACCAGACUCCCCACCCCAAAAUGUAGAGUUAAUAAAUGUAACUGCAACAGAAAUAAACCUGAGAUGGUUACCACCUGAGCAGCCUAAUGGUCUCAUAACUCACUAUGAAGUUCUGUACAGUGAUUACAAUGAUUUCUUUAUCAAAAAUACCUCAUCUACAAGUAUAUCACUAGGCGAAAUGAAACCGUAUACUCUCUACAACAUCUCUGUCAGGGCAUUCACCAGACUUGGCCAUGGGAAUCAGUCAUCUUUCCCACUUCUGGUGAGAACUUCUGAAACUGUUCCUGAUUCUGCACCAGAAAACAUAACCUAUAGGAACAUCUCAUCCAUGGAAAUUGAGUUGUCAUUUUUUCCACCAUCCAUUCCCAAUGGAAUCAUACAGACCUACACAAUAUAUCUCAAGACUAAUGUAACCGAGCAAAGAGUUAUAAACACUACUCUUCUGACGCUACGUAUUACAGAUUUAAAGAAAUACACAAAAUAUACUGUAGAAGUGUCUGCUAGUACCACAAUGGGGGAGGGCCUUCGUAGUGCACCUCUGCAUAUACUGACUGAUGAAGACGCUCCAAGUUCUCCUCCAGAAUCCCUCUCCGUAAAACAGUUGUCGGGUGUCACUGUGAAGUUGUCAUGGAAACCCCCGCUGGAGCCAAAUGGAAUUAUCCUCUAUUACACAGUUUACGUCUGGAAUAAAAUGUCAAAAAGGAGUGUUAAUGUAACAGAAACAUCAUUGCAGUUCACAGACCUGGAAAAUAACUAUGAGUAUAGUGCUUACCUAACAGCCAGUACCAGAUUUGGCGAUGGCAACAUAAAAAGUGAUACUGUAACAUUCAGAACUUCUGAAGGAGCACCAAGUGAUCCACCGAAAGAUGUUGCAUACAGAAACCUUACUUCCACAUCAAUACUGUUAUUCUGGUCUCCUCCUCAAAAGCCUAAUGGAAAUAUACUGAACUACUCAGUUUAUUUAAAAAAUAAUUCAGGAAUAUUCAUACAGAAUUUCACGAGUUAUGGUAACGAUAGCGAGGUCAAUAUGCCCCAGUCUGCAGUUCUGGAUGAUAUGGAAAAAUACAGCCAUUAUACUCUAUGGUUAACUGCAAGCACAGCUUUUGGAGAUGGAAACAAAACCAGUGAAAUAAUAGAUGUGUAUACAGAUCAGGAUAUCCCAGAUGGUUCUGUUGAAAAUCUGGUCUAUCAAAACAUUUCCUCGUCUUCUGUAAAUGUAAGCUGGCUUCCACCAUCCCGGCCAAAUGGCUUAGUCUUCUUUCAUGUUUCUCUAAGUUCAUUGCAACUGGGAAUCAAUAAGAUAAUGUCUUUCCUUACUUACAACACAAGCAUAAUUUUUGACAAUCUGGAGAAAUAUACUGAUUACAUUUUGAAAAUCACACCAGCCACUGAUAAAGGAUCUUCCGAACUGCAUGCUCUAUAUCUGCAUAUAAGAACUGAUGAAGAUGUCCCAGAAUCAGCGCCUAUAAUCAAAACAUUUUCCAAUCUUUCAACUACCUCAGUUAUGCUUUCAUGGGACCCUCCUGUUAAGCCAAGUGGUAUUAUAAUAAGAUAUGAUUUGAAUUUAUUUGGGCCAGAAAGGAAUAACUCUUUCUCUACCACCAAUAAUUCUAUCAUCUUGGAAGACCUUCUACCAUUCACAUUAUACAGCAUUUAUGUAACUGCAAGAACAAUAAAAGGACCUGGUCCAUCUGCCAUGCUUCAGUUCUACACAGAUGAGUCAGUGCCAUUAGCUCCACCCCAGAAUUUGACCAUUACCAACUACACUGCAGAUUCUGUGUGGCUAAAAUGGGAUCCAAGUCCUCAGCCAAAUGGUGUUAUUAUGAGAUAUAAUUUUAAGAUUUAUCAAAACAACACUGAAAAAUUAUUUUAUCAGAACAUUUCAGGUUCAAACCAUGAGGCAAACCUUGUUGGACUAGAACCAUUCAGCCCCUAUUUUGUCAGUGUCUCUGCAUUUACCAAGCUUGGGAAUGGCAAUCAGUUCAGUAAUGCUGUCCAGUUUACAACAAUGGAAUCAGUACCAGAUGCUGUGCAGAAUGUUCACUGUGUUGCAACGAGUUGGCAAUCGAUUCUAGUGCAGUGGGACCCUCCUACUUCAUCCAACGGUAUAAUUACUCAUUACAUCAUAACAGUUGAAGGAAAUUCUACAAGCUUUUCACCUUAUGAUACACUGCAUAAUUUUAGAAAUCUGCUUUCCAAUACUACUUACCAAUUUAAAAUAAAAGCUGCAACAUCUGCCGGUGAUGGUGAAGAACAGAUAUGCAAUACCAGUACUCUUCCAGAAAAAGUUCCUAGUGCUCCCAGGGAUAUUGUUUUUUCCAAUGUGCAAUCAACAAGUGUGACCUUGAACUGGAGAUCACCGAAAUCUAUCCUUGGCUGCUUUCAAAACUACAAGAUUACUACACAGCUACAGUCCGUCUACUGCAGUGACUGGGAAACUAAGGAAUGUAUUGAAUAUGAGAUGCAUCAAUAUUUAUAUGAAAAUGUGGUGGAUGGCUGGAUAGAAGAGACAGUGUAUGGACUGAAAAAAUACAGAUGGUACAGAUUUGCUGUUGCUGCCAGUACAAAUGUUGGUUAUGGCAGUUCUUCACCUUGGAUUUCUACGCAAACACUUCCUGGCUCUCCAGACAGUCCUCCAGAAAAUGUGACUGUUUUAGCUACAUCUCCUCACAGUAUUAAUAUCAGCUGGAGUGAACCUGUUGUCAUCACUGGACCAACAUGCUACCUCAUAGACAUUACCUCAGUAGAUAAUAACAACUAUAAGGCCCAGUUUCUGAAGACAAAUGAUGAGGGUAAAGUCUUAGAAAUUUCUGAUUUGAAAGCAUUUACAAGGUAUUCUGUAGUAAUCAUUGCCUUUACGGGGGAUGUUAAUGCUGCACACAUUGAAGGCAAGGCUAGUUCUCCAGUAAUUGUCUCCACUUUUGAAGCAGUGCCUGAAGACCCACCCAACAAUGUAACAUUUCAGAAGAUACCAGAUGAAGUAACAAAGUUCCAAGUAACAUUUGUGCCACCAUCUGAACCAAAUGGAAAUAUUCAGGUGUAUCAAGCUAUGGUUUACAAUGAAAAUGACCCCUCUGCCAUCCGGAUCCACAACCUCAGUGUCAUUGAUAAAACAGAUCAGUCAGUCACUGCCAUGAUAGAAGGACUAAAAGGAGGACAUACCUAUAAUGUCAGUGUGUAUGCAAUUAAUGGUGCUGGUGCAGGGCCAAAGAUUCCCUUGAAAAUAACCAUGGAUAUCAAAGAACCACCACGGCCUAAAAAGAAACCAGCACCAGUUUAUGAUGCUAAUGGGGCGUUACUCAUCACAGCUACAACAAUUACGAUCAGAAUGCCCAUAUGUUUUUACAGUGAUGAUCAUGGCCCCAUCAAGAAGAUACAAGUUCUUGUUGUGGAAGCUGGAGCUCAGCAUGAUGGGAACGUUACAAAGUGGUAUGAUGCCUACUUCAAUAGACCAAGGCCAUAUUUUACAAAUGAAGGCUUUCCAAACCCACCAUGUAUAGAAGGAAAAGAAGAUCUGAGUGGCAAAGAAGAGACAUAUGUCAUAGGUGCUGACACUACAUGUAUGAUACCAGGCAGUCAAGACAAAAUAUGUAAUGGCCCACUGAAACCAAGAAAGCAGUACCUAUUUAAAUUCAGAGCAACUAACAUUAAAGGACAGUUUACAGAUUCUGACUAUUCUGAUCCUGUCAAAACAUUAGGUGAAGGACUUUCAGGAAGAUCUGUAGAAGUUAUCCUUGCUGUUACUUUGUGUAUACUUUCAGUUGUUCUUUUGGUGGCUGCAGUAUACGCUUUUGCAAGAAUUCGACAAAAGCAAAAAGAGGGAGGCACAUACUCCCCACGAGAUGCUGAAAUUAUUGACACUAAAUUUAAGCUGGAUCAGUUGAUCACAGUGGCAGACCUGGAGCUGAAGGAUGAGAGAUUUACACGAUACUCUUCAUUUUUCUUUAGACGCAAGGAGAUAUUUGUCAUCCAGUUACUUAGUUAUAGAAAAUCCAUCAAGCCAAUAAGCAAGAAAUCUUUCCUACAACAUGUUGAAGAGCUUUGCACAAACAACAACCUAAAGUUUCAGGAAGAAUUUUCGGAACUUCCCAAGUUUCUUGAAGAUCUUGCUUCAACUGAUGCUGAUCUGCCUUGGAACAGGUCUAAGAACCGUUUCCCAAACAUAAAGCCAUAUAAUAACAAUAGAGUAAAGCUGAUGCCUGAUGCUGGUAUUCCUGGAUCUGACUACAUUAAUGCCAGCUACGUGUCU